UUUCUCUCUCGGAACAAUUCUUAAAGUGUAUCAAAAAAUUUUUAAAUUUUGCCCAUAAUUAAGAUGCUGUCUAUCUUCUUCAUUACUAGUAAAGUAGGGUUGAUCCGAAGCUGAAACGCCUUUGCAAGUUUUAGACACUGUGAACGGUACCAGAAUCCCGAGAGUCUCGACGAUUCAUCCAACCUCCACGUUUACCAUCUUGUAAUAUUAUGGAGCAGGUGGAAGAUUGAAACCAACCAAACCAUCUUCUUUUAUCUUUUGCCUCUUAAUGCCCGUGAGCCAAAACAGAGGGAGAAGCUACGGAGAAGCUACUUCUUUUGUUCUCUUCUCAUGGUACACUUCGCGCCUUUCAUAUUCUCUCUUGAAUCACUCUCAGAUUUCUUCCGCGCGCGUCUUAUUCAAUCAUUUACUGCCAAUCUAACAUCGCUCUCAGAUUUGGUAAUAAAGGCUUGAAUAUCCUCCGCUUUCAUAUGGGUCUCAGUUAAUCAAAUUUUCCAGUUAAAUAUCACUCUCACUGUUUCACUGCGUCAGCUCGACGAUUCCCCAUUGUCAAGCGGUCGAGUUUGUAAUUAAUUUGCAGUACAAGACGAUAACAGACACUAUGAACGAGUCGAGAGGUUUUCAUGGUGCGAAACGUCCUCGAUACCGUGCUAUUUUUAAUGGAAUUUGCUUUUUGGUAUUGAUUGUCUUGUUGUACAAUCAAAAAAACUUUCUAAUUAACAGUGCGUUUCUGAAGAAAUCGCAUGUUCUCUCUUCCAAGCGGAGAUUAACAGGUUCGAUCGAGGUGAUUCACAGGAGAAUUGCGGAGGUGAAUGCUAGUUUUAUCCACGUGAAUGAGUCAAAAACAAGAAAUUUUGCAGCUAAAGAUCCUGAAUUAUGCGCUGGGUUGUUGGAACAUGAUGGUUAUGGUAGCCCUUGUGAGUUCUUAAUUGCCCACCCUCAGUGCACUGCAGGUGGGUUUUUCAAUUACCUUAGGUUCUUUUACUGUGCAUGCCGAAGGUUCAAUGCUUUGGGAUACGUAGUUUUGGCUCUGUGGCUGGCUGCUCUGUUUUACCUACUGGGCAACACAGCAGCAGACUAUUUUUGUUGUUCACUGGAGAAGCUUUCCAAUCUCCUGAGAUUGACGCCAACCGUUGCGGGAAUCUCUUUGCUUCCGCUUGGGAAUGGAGCUCCCGAUGUGUUUGCCAGUAUUGCUGCUUUUGUGGGUAAGGAAGCCAGUGAUGUAGGUCUCAGUAGUGUGUUGGGAGGAGCCCUUUUCGUUACUUGUGUUGUCGUAGGAGCAGUUUCUCUGUGCGUUGCAGAGAGGAGGAUACAAAUUGAUGGAAAAUGCUUUGUCAGAGACAUAUGUUUCUUCCUCUUUGCUCUUGUUUCGCUUGCUAAUAUUUUGAUUGAUGGUAAGGUGACUGUUCGAGGUGCAGUAGCAUUUAUUUCCAUUUAUAUGGUUUAUGCAUUUGCUGUUGCUGCUAAUGAAAUCCUGAGGAAACAUGCCCGGAGGCUAAGAUUGGGUGCUGUAACACCAUUACUUCCUGUUAAAGGAAGCAUAUUUUCUCAUGCAAGUGAAGUGGAUAUCUCCAGUAUUCAUGUCUCGCUGCUAGAAUCUGAUUCAGAAGGUGAUGUACCAUAUCUCCAAAGCAAGCUGCCUCAUUGGAUGUGGGCUUCAAAGGUGGCAAUUUACUCGAGCGAGUCA